CACGGCAGUUGGCGAGGUCGCUGCAGGUCGGAGGUCACGGGGUCAGGGAGCUGGAGCUUCGGGGUGUGCACUGCACUGGGAUGCCAGGACCGGCGUCCAAGCGGAGGAUCCCAGUGUCCCAGCCCGGCAUGGCCGACCCCCACCAGCUCUUCGAUGAUACAAGUUCGACCCAGAGCCAAGGCUACAGGGCCCAGAGAGCACCUGGUGGCCUGGGCUACCCUGCAGCCUCCGCCUCGACCCAGGCUGCCUUCCUGGCGGAUCCUGUGUCCAAUAUGGCCAUGGCCUACGGGAGCAGCCUGGCUGCCCAGGGCAAGGAGCUGGUGGAUAAGAACAUCGACCGCUUCAUCCCUGUCACCAAGCUCAAGUACUACUUUGCUGUGGACACCAUGUAUGUGGGCAAAAAGCUGGGCCUGCUCGUCUUCCCCUACCUGCACCAGGACUGGGAAGUGCAGUACCAGCAAGACACACCUGUGGCCCCCCGCUUUGACGUCAAUGCUCCUGACCUCUACAUUCCAGCUAUGGCUUUCAUCACUUAUGUCUUGGUGGCUGGCCUGGCGCUGGGGACCCAGGAUAGGUUCUCCCCAGACCUCCUCGGGCUGCAGGCAAGCUCUGCGUUGGCCUGGCUGACCCUGGAGGUGCUGGCCAUCCUGCUCAGUCUCUACCUGGUCACUGUCAACACUGACCUCACCACUAUCGAUCUGGUGGCCUUCUUGGGCUACAAAUAUGUUGGGAUGAUUGGCGGGGUCCUUAUGGGCCUGCUCUUUGGGAAGAUUGGCUACUACCUGGUGCUGGGCUGGUGCUGUGUGUCUAUCUUUGUGUUCAUGAUCCGGACGUUGCGGCUGAAGAUCCUGGCGGAGGCGGCGGCCGAGGGCGUCCCGGUACGCGGGGCCAGGAACCAGCUGCGCAUGUAUCUGACCAUGGCGGUGGCGGCGGCGCAGCCCCUGCUCAUGUACUGGCUCACCUUCCACCUGGUGCGGUGAGGGCGGCCCGGCCCACGCCCCCGGCUGCUGCCGCUCCUCC